CUAUGUUUUGACGCAGUUGAACGAAAGAAAUUUAGUAACGUUUUUUUCCCUGGAUCUGAAGGUCUCUGUUUAUCAGAGCAGGAAGUAUUUAGCUUAAAGAGUUUUAUCAUCUGCAUAAGUAAGUUAAUGACGAUCAUUUCGUUAGAUUGCCAAAUUAGCUCACAAUGUCAAGAUCGGGUUAUAUUGUAUAAAAUAUGUCCAAUGAACUUAAAAUUUCUGAGGUGGUUAUUAAAACUAGAAGAGUGGAAUGAAACCAAACUGGCCUCAGUCAUAGAGCAAGGGAGUUAACUUGUGUUUGCUGAGUUUAUGUGGUUGGAGUCAUGGCAAUCAUUUGUUAUUAUCAACAUGAUGCAUUAAGUGCUUAUAGCCAGCAGGCUUGUUUGGCGAAACUAAAAGCAUCAGUUCCGAAACUUACAGAUUUGGAGACAGAAAUCUGCUACUAUGUAUCUUGUCAGGAAAAAGAAUUUUCUCUGAAAGAUGAAGAGAAACUGACUUGGAUUCUAAGUAAACCAUUUUGUCAAAAAAGUCUGAAGAAAACAUCUUUUUUUGGAGAACAUGCAGAGAAUUGUCUUUUUGUGGAAAUUGGACCCAGGUUAAACUUUUCUACACCCUUUUCAACAAAUGCUGUUUCUAUUUGUCGAUCUGUUGGCCUUCAAAAUAUUGAUCGGAUUGAGGUGUCCGUGGCAUAUUUGCUGAAAGCCAACUCUAAUGAAACAUUUUCUAAAGAAGAGGAAGAAAAACUGGUUGCAUUGCUUCAUGACAAAAUGACACAGUGUCGAUACCUGAAACCAUUGGAAACAUUUGAACUAAAAGUUAAAACUGAAGCUGUGUAUGAAAUUGAUGUUCUUAAAGAGGGUCAGAAAGCCUUAGAAAAAGCUAAUGCAGAUCUUGCCUGUGAACAUAGUCGGCAUUGGUUCUUCAAAGGGAUCAUGAUAUUGGAUGGAGAAAUUCAAACUAAAUCUUUGUUUCGUAUGGUUAUGGACACCCAAGAUUUCAGCAACAACAAUAGUGUCAUUAAAUUCAGUGACAAUAGCAGUGCUAUUGAUGGUUUUGAAGUAAGUGUCUUGUUACCUGAAGACAGUUCCAAAGCUAGUCCUUUUGUGGUAAAAGAAAAACAGAAGAGACAUAUUAUUUUUACUGCAGAGACUCAUAAUUUCCCUACAGGAGUUGCUCCUUUUCCUGGGGCCACUACAGGUACUGGUGGUAGAAUUCGAGAUGUUCAUUGUACUGGACGAGGUGCACAUGUUGUAGCAGGCACAGCUGGUUACAGUUUUGGAAAUCUUAAUAUACCUGGUUAUGUUCAGCCAUGGGAAGAAGAAAAAAAAUUUGAUGGUCCUGUAAAGUUUGCUUCUGCUGUGGAUGUUGCUAUUGAAGCAAGUAAUGGUGCCUCAGACUAUGGCAACAAAUUUGGAGAACCAGUUCUUGCUGGUUUUGCUCGUUCUUUCGGUCUUUGCUUACCAAAUGGAGAAUGGAAAGAGUAUGUAAAACCAAUAAUGUUUAGUGCUGGAAUUGGAAUGCUGGAAGAUAUGCAUAUAAAAAAACAAGUUGCAGAAGAAGGGAUGGAAGUGGUAAAAAUUGGUGGCCCUGUUUAUCGUAUCGGUGUUGGGGGUGGUGCAGCAUCUUCUGUUGAAGUUCAAGGUGACAACAAAUCUGAUUUGGAUUUUAAUGCUGUUCAAAGAGGAGAUGCUGAAAUGGAACAGAAGUUGAACCGAUUAAUACGUUCAUGUAUAGAAUUGAAGGAAGGGAACCCAAUCCUCAGUAUUCAUGACCAAGGAGCUGGUGGAAAUGGAAAUGUAUUGAAAGAAUUAGUUGAACCAGCUGGUGCCGAAAUCUUUGCUGAUAAUUUCAUUUUGGCUGACCCCACCAUCAGUGCUUUGGAACUUUGGGGAGCUGAAUAUCAAGAGUCCAAUGCUUUAUUAUUAAUGCCAAAGGAUCAUCAGCUCCUAGAAAAAAUAAGUCAACGGGAACGAUGUCCUGUCAGUUUUGUUGGCAGAGUCACUGGAGAUGGAAAGAUCAAGUUAAAUGGCUUUUCUAGUACUUCAGAUGGUUGUUCAGAUCCCAAACGUUUUAAAGAUAUUUUACCAGUAAAUCUAGAUUUAAAACACGUUCUUGGUUCUAUGCCACAAAAGAAUUUCAAGCUUGAUCACCUUACGUUGGACCUAAAGCCACUGUCAAUUCCUGUUGAAUUAACAUUGAGAGAGUCCUUGGAGAGGGUUUUACGACUCCCAGCCGUUGCAAGCAAACGAUAUCUCACAAACAAGGUGGAUCGGUCAGUGACUGGCCUGGUUGCUCAACAACAAUGUGUAGGCUAUUUACACACACCCCUCUCUGAUGUUGCAGUCACAGCUCUUUCUUAUUUUGAUACGGUUGGUUCAGCAACUGCAAUUGGUGAACAACCAAUCAAAGGCCUUGUUAAUCCAUGCUGCGGAGCUCGAAUGUCUGUUGGUGAAUCAUUGACCAAUUUGAUAUUUGCUUCUGUUACUGCUCUUAAGGAUGUUAAGUGUAGUAGUAACUGGAUGUGGGCUGCAAAGUUGGCAGGAGAAGGUGCUGCUCUCUAUGAUGCCUGCAAAUCAAUGUGUGACAUUAUGAAGCAGCUUGGUAUUGCAGUUGAUGGUGGAAAAGACUCACUCAGCAUGGCUGCUAGAGUUGGUUCACAAACUAUAAAAGCUCCAGGGACAUUGGUUGUGUCUACAUACGUUGGCUGUCCUGACAUUAGAUUGAGUUUAACCCCUGAUUUGAAGUGUUCUCAAGGAAGAGGAAUUUUACUCCAUGUUGAUCCUAGCUGUGGUCAACACAGAAUUGGUGGAUCAGCCCUAGCACAGUGCUUUAAACAACUGGGCAAGGAUGUUCCUGAUCUUGAAAGACCAGAUAUAUUCAAAUCAAUGUUUGAUGUAACUCAACAAUGUAUAUCAGAUAAAUUAAUUUCCUCUGGGCAUGAUAUUAGUGAUGGUGGUUUAAUUACAUGUGCCUUGGAGAUGGCUUUUGCUGGUAACUGUAGCAUGCACCUUCAUUUUGAAAAUACUGCAAAUGAUCCUCCUCUUGAGUUGCUGUUUGCUGAGGAACUUGGGCUAAUUUUAGAAUUGAGAGACGAUAACCAGCAAAUGGUAAUAUCUCGAUACAAAGAAGCUGGAGUGCCUUGUUCUAUUAUUGGUUACUGUUCUGAGGAAAAUGUGCCUCAGGUGACAGUUUCUGUAUCAAACCAAGAAUUAUUGAACAUGAAAUUAGCUGAUCUGCGUGACAUCUGGGAGGAGACAAGUUACCAGCUUGAAAAAAGACAGACUACUAUUGCCUGUACUGAGGCUGAAAGAAAAAGUUUCAGAUUGAGAAAGGAACCACCAUACACCUUUAAUUAUGAUCUUAGUCAACUGUACAAUCCUCACUCAUUUAUUUUACCACAGCAUAGUCCCAGUAUUGCAAUCAUUCGGGAAGAAGGAAGUAAUGGAGAUCGUGAAAUGGCAGCAGCGUUCCAUUAUGUUGGUUUUCAAACUUGGGAUGUCAACAUGCAAGAUUUGUGUUCUGGCAAUAUAACACUGGAUCAAUUCCGUGGCAUAGCUUUUGCUGGAGGUUUCAGUUAUGCAGAUGUGUGUGGCUCAGCCAAAGGCUGGGCAGCAACUGCCAUGUUCAAUAAAAAUGUGAAAGAAGAAUUCAAGAAAUUCUUUGAUCGAGAUGAUACUUUUAGUUUUGGAGUGUGUAAUGGUUGUCAACUCAUGUCUCUUCUAGGCUGGGUUGCUCCUUACCAAGACGACUCUAUCACUACAGUUCUCCCAUUAGAUCAUAGUGUAACAUCUGGAGGGCUGUUUUUGGAUGCAAACGAUUCUGAGAGAUUUGAAUCACGUUUUGUGACUGCAAAGGUGUCAGAAAGCCCUGCAAUUAUGUUUGAAGGAAUGGCUGGAACAGUUUUUGGAAUAUGGGUUUCACAUGGUGAAGGUAAGAUGCAAUUUAAAUCAGACUCUCUAUACAGAAAUCUGAAAGACAAACAUUUAAUCCCUCUUCACUAUGUUAAUGAUGAUGGGAUACCAACAUCAGAAUAUCCAUUCAAUCCCAAUGGCUCACCAGAUGGAGUUGCUGCUGUCUGCUCAGAAAAUGGCCGCCAUGUAGCUAUUAUGCCUCACCCAGAACGGUGCUUUCUGGCAUGGCAAUGUCCUUGGUUGCCACUAAAUAUGUGUGAUGAUCUCCAAGUUACACCAUGGUUGAAAUUAUUUGCCAAUGCUUAUAACUGGUGUAAGACAAUUCAAUAAAAAAAAAUUUUUAAAUACCAUUUUAUAAAAUUUUUCCUAUCUAUAAAUUUCAGCUCUGAAAUUUGGUUAAAAAAUUUUCAACUCUAAUUUUUAUAAUAAUUCUUUUGAUAUGAAAUAAAGCAAUAAUACUUUACUUUGA